AAGGCUGGAUUUGGUAUGAUCCACUUGCCCUAGACCUCAGGUCUGGGUCUGAGCAGAGAGAUACGGCCACUGGCGCCGCUGCAGAGGACCUGCACGACUGAAUCUACAGCCUAAAGCCUCACAGAGAGAGCGAAAGAGAGAGAGGGGGGAGAUGAGCUGUGCUAGAGUCCAGUCUUGGUCUGGGACGCAGACUGACUGAAGCUGCUGGUAGUUUAACAGCUGUGCAUCUCUGUCACUCUGGAGUCAUGAGCUCAAAGGGGACGAACCUCCACAACAAACGUCUGCCAUCUGAGACAGAACAUGCGCAGAGAGUCCCGGAUGCAGAUUCGACCCAGCAAAUGAGGCUGAGAGAGAGACAACGAUUCUUUGAGGAGGUGUUUCAACACGAUGUCGAUGUCUACCUUUCCUCUGCACACCUGCAGAUAGAUUAUAAGAGACCUCCCUUAGGAAGUAUUUCAUCAAUGGAGGUGAACGUCGAUAUGCUAGAGCAGAUGGACCUGAUGGACAUCUCUGACCAGGAGGCCUUGGAUGUCUUCUUCAGUGCCAGCGGAGAGGAAGGAUCACUGACACCCCCUCUUCCAGCUCUUGGUCACACUGAUGUAGAAGAGGAAGGAUUGAGGAGAAAUGACGUGUCCUUAAGAAUUUCUGACCCUUGUGAAAUCAAAUCCCGUAUGUUGUCCACUUCCUCCAACUCCACCUGUGACAGUCAGGCCUCCAAUGAGGACGGAUCAAACACUCCCGUCGUCCAAUCAGAUGAAGAAGACGUGCAUGAAGAUAGCAUGUUACGAACAGGAGCGGCCACAGCCAACGAUGCCACAAAAGAGCAAUCUGCUCUCUCAGUAUAAACUGCCUUCUCAUUAAUUACUGACCAUUUGGGAAGUGUAACAUGACUAGGUUGAGACUGUUUCAUUGGUGGGUUGACUGGUUUUAGCCAUAAAUCCGUCUACCAAAGACCUUUAUGAACACUUGUGAAAUUCAACUCAUUCAAGACCCCUAUUACGUCACACUGGGAGUGUCACGCUUUGACAGAUCUGCAUUUUUGUAUUGCCACUUGCAUCUUACCAACAUUUUACUGUAUCUUUGCACUGGGAAUAUAGAUUUAUAAAUAUACACCAAUAUCACCAAUACUUUGCAAUGCUCUUUACAAAGACUGAUUCUGCUCCGUAGAGAGACUAAAUGCAUCACCAUUUUGAAUUAAGGUGGUGAGUCUCAUGAAAACAUUUCCAAAAGAAAACAAAAUAUAAAACGAUAUGUUGCUUAAAGAAAAUGAAGCUUCUUCUGUACAACAUAAAAGGGAAAGUUUACCCAAAAAUUUAAAACUGUUAUCAUUUACUCACCCUCAUGUGGUUUCAAACAAGACUUUCAUUCAUCUCACAAACAUAAAUGUAGAUAUUUGUAAUGAAACGUAAGAUAUAAAAAGUCAAAACUGCAAAACGUUGAAGGUCCAAAAGUUCAUUAAGGCAUCAUAAAACUAAUUCUUAGGAAUUUAACAGUUUAAUUUAAGUCACAAUUGCUUUAUAUGGUAAAAAAUAUUUAAUUUAGGUAUCAGAUGACGUUUUAUGAUCAAAGUGCACAGAGCACAUCAAAUAUGGAAAACAAGGAAACUGAGAUGUGAACAAACCGCAUUCGUUCUUGUCUGUCACAUGCACAUUUGCAUAUCUGAGUUUGUCAUAUUGGAUGUACUUUAUGUAUUUUUGUCAGCCAUUGUUUACAUAAAAAGUUUUCAUAUAAAGUGUAUGCGUCGCUUCAAAAUAACUUGCACUUUGUGUUGUGAGAGAUGAAUGAAAGUCCUAUGGGGUUAGAAGGACAUGAGGGUGAGUAGAUGGAGAAAGAAUUUAAAUUUUUAGGUGAGCUAACUACUUUUUUAAUUUAUUUAUUUAUUUUAUUUUUUCGCAUCUUUAGAUUAUUUUACAUUAAUUGUUUGGAAUUUUCUUUUGGAACUUAAUGGUAAUUUUUAUUAGAUUAUUAGUUUUUUUUUUUUUUUAUCUUGCAUAGAAGGCAAUACAACAAAUACUAGCUUGCUGUAAAUAAAAUAUUAAACAAAUUUGUGAAUUUUUAUUAGAGUAAUGAGAAUUUGAGAUAAAUAUUUGCUUAAUUGUUAUGAAAAUUGUCACAAUAAAAAGACAAAAAAAAAAAAUCAAAAAAUUAGUUUUCUUGUACUUCUUUGCCUUUAUCAGGACAAUAGACUAUAAUGUAGGGGUGUAAUGUUGGGGAAUUAAACCUGGGUGCACGUUAGUUCUUUGACACGUCUUGACUUGCAUUUGUACAACCCACCGUUUCACAGCACCAACAGACUUCAUGUGCUUUAAGCUAAAACAAAUUAUUUCUUUUGAUUUGGGGUGAAAUAUGACCCACUCUUGACAGGUUUUGUGACGUUGACCCUAAAACUGGUUGUGUCGGGUCUGUUUUUUAAAAACGUCAGAUCUAUUUCUUUAUUUCUUUAUUUUUUUAUUUUUUUUAUUUUUUGACCACGUGUUGGGAAUGUGUCCUCACUUCUGGUGUCCACAGGACCUUAUGCUUUGUUUUCUAAAUAAAGCCAAAUGCCACCAAA